GUGUUUAGAGAAACAAAUCGGAAACAAGACCUCAAGAUCACUAUUGAAGCCUAUCGCAUUGCUUUGGAAAAUCAGUUCAGACGCAAUAAGAGCUUAUCUACUGAACUGGCUGCCAUAUUACCAUUGAUUCCAAGCAAGGUGUACGCAGGUACCAUCUUUUCAGACCUUUCUACUACUUCGGGGCGAGCGGAACCCACUCUGCAGGAUAGCUCCGAUACCGGUAGAACGAACCCGUCCAAAGUGUUGCACAACUUGCUCCUCUGGUUUCAUCACAAUCUGGAUAAUGUGGCGACCACAAGCAGUUUGGAUAACUUAUGCCCAUCGUCCGGUGACAUUGAGUAUCGAAAACUGAACCGAUCCACCAGUCGUCAUAUUUUCUCUGACUCAUGGCGUCGCGUUGCGCGUGUACGCGAGGCACAAUCAAUGUACGACUUGUCCGUGGGUGCUGAUGAGACGGGUAUCAUGAAAGAUAACCAAUCCCAUUCACCUUCACGUUUCCCGCCUUGCAAUUCCCCGGAACAAAUACGCAAACGAAUCCAGGUAGGCUCAAAGUUUUCGACAUCUAACAGUACGUGGUGUCUGCACAAGUCGAAUGGUCUAAGCUAA